AUGGAGCAUGCCUUUACCCCGUUGGAGCCCCUGCUUCCCGCUGGGAAUUUGAAGUACUGCCUGGUGAUUCUUAAUCAGCCUCUGGACGAAUAUUUUCGUCAUCUUUGGAACAAAGCGCUUUUAAGAGCCUGUGCAGAUGGAGGUGCCAACCACUUAUAUGAUAUCACCAAAGGAGAAAGAGAAAGGAAAUGUGUGCUGUGGGGAUGUGAGCUUAUUUCAACUCCUGAUCAAGAACACACUGACUUUACCAAGUGCCUCAAAAUACUCCAAAAGAAGAUAGACGAAAAAGACCUAAAGGUUGAUUUGAUCGUGACGCUGGGAGGCCUCACUGGGCGUUUUGACCAGAUUAUGGCAUCUGUGAACACCCUGUUCCAAGCGACUCGCAUCACUCCUUCGCCAAUUAUAAUAAUCCAAGAGCAAUCUCUCAUCUACCUGCUCCAACCAGGAAAGCACAAAUUGCAUGUGGACACUGGAAUGGAAGGUGAUUGGUGUGGCCUUAUUCCCAUCGGACAGCCUUGCAACCAGGUUACGACAACAGGCCUGAAGUGGAACCUCACAAAUGAUGUGCUUAGGUUUGGAACAUUGGUCAGUACCUCCAACACCUAUGACGGGUCUGGUGUAGUGACUGUGGAGACCGACCACCCGCUCCUCUGGACCAUGGCCAUCAAAACCUAA